AUGGAGCCAAGAAGAGUGAGCAAAGUUUUCGAUUUUGAAAUCCAGCAUAAUGGAGGACUUCUUCGGAAUUAUGUGUGCUACCUUAGCCCUGGAGAGUACCAGGAUCCAGCAGCACUGCUCCGGUUGAUGGAUAGGAGCAUUAGCGAGUUGCUUCGUACUGAUCUCAUCGUGUUGAGUAGGUACAAACUAGCAAUCAUCCUCCGGCUGCGUCUGAUGAAGCAGGAUGGUGUUACGGGCGACAAGGUUUACAUAACCUUCCACGUUCGCGCGCGAACAUCCAUCAUCUUGAAUGAUGAUGAUGUACGUUAUAAAUUGGAUGAUGCUUCAGCGGAGAUCGAUUCUCAAAUCGAUGAGUUUGUGCGCAAUGGAUCAGGUUGGAUCAUCGAUGACGUAGAGGCCGUAUACUUGGAAUUAUCCAAAUUCCAACCUAUUGGUGGUGGUGGGACGUUCAUCCCUCUACCCGACCACAUAAAGGCUAAGAAAGCCUGUAUUAACGUCAUCAACAGUGAUAACCAAUGCUUGAGGUGGGCGCUGUUGGCCGCCAAGCACCAUGAAGAUGUUGGUGCAAACCACAACCGUGUGAGUAAGUACGUCCCGUAUGCCAAUGAGCUGGACUUUUCUGAUGUGGAGUUCCCAGCAGGUAUCUCUACCAUCACAACGCUAGAAAGCAACAACGCAGAUCUGUCCAUAAACGUCUUUGGUAUAUCGGAAGACGGGAAGACAGUCGUUCCACUGCGACUGACGAGAAAAGGAGAUCCGCAGGAGGCUAUCAAUCUACUCCUGUUUUCCGGUGAAACUGCAAAUGAGUGUGAGGAUCAACAUUGGGUCUUUAUCAAAAAUAUGAGUCGGUUGAUAGCCAACAAAAGUUGCGUGCCACGCAAGGUGUGUUACAGAUGCUUGAACGUGCUGAGCAGCCAGACAGCUCUGGAGAACCAUCAGAUGUUUUGUAAAGAUCACCUUGUUGCGCGAGCGGUGAUGCCGCAGAAGGGAGAGAAACUGCGCUUCACACAAUAUGAGAAGCAACUCCGGACCCCGUACGUGAUUUAUGCUGAUUUUGAGAGUCUUAUCGUACCAUACGCACAGCCUAAGAACAUCGGAAAUCGUACAACACAGAACGCGGAGCACGUACCGUGUUCUGCAGCGUACAUCGUCGUACGCAGUGAUGGCACCGUGACAGAUACUUUCCAACAUACGGGUGAAGACGCAGUAGAGAAGUUCCUGAUCUCCCUGGAGCAGCAAGAAGUAACCAUCCGUGAAGAUUUGGAGAAUCGUCAUCCCAUGAACCUGACACCUGAUGAGGAAACCAGCUUCCGGAACACUGUGAACUGUUGGAUAUGCGACCGUCGAUUGGGGUCAGAUCGCGUGCGUGAUCAUGAUCACAUGACGGGUGCGUUUCGUGGAGCUGCGCACAAGUCCUGCAACCUACAGCUACGCAUUGUGCCUGCUAAAGUACGCAUUCCCAUAGUGUUCCAUAACCUGAAAGGGUAUGAUGCUCAUCACAUCGUUCGUCACUUCGGUAAGACGAAGAUAGACGAAGUAACAUACCUGGAUGCUGAAGGAAAAGAGCAUACCGUGGAGCGUGGAUCGAUCACCAUUGUACCAUCUAAUACGGAGAAGUACAUCGCCAUGAUGUGGAGACAGUUUGUGUUCAUCGACUCGUUCGCGUUUCUGAGCACUUCGCUGGAGAAGCUCGCAAAGGCAACACCGAAAGAAGCAUUCAUUCGCAUGCGUGAUCUGCAUGAUGAAGAUCCUGAAAAGAUGGAUCUUCUGCUUCGGAAAGGUGUUUACCCAUAUGAGUAUAUGGAUUCCUUCAACCGCUUCGAAGAGGAUAGUCUUCCUCCGAGAGAGAAGUUUUAUUCAUCGUUGUCCGGAGCAGGUGUCACGGCUGAGGAGUACGAGCAUGCUAGAACGGUGUGGGAUCAGUUCAACUGCACCACUCUACGCGAUUAUCAUGAUUUGUAUCUGAUGUCCGACGUCUACCUGCUAGCGGAUGUGUUUGAAAAUUUUCGAACCACGGCGAUCGCUACAUAUUCGCUGGACCCUGCAAACUAUUACACGCUACCCGGAUUCGCGUGGAGUGCGUUACUGAAGGUAACCAACAUCCAGCUAGAUCUUAUUUCAGAUUCGACGAUGCACAAUUUCAUCGAACAUGGCAUUCGUGGUGGGAUAAGCAUGAACGUGUUGAGGUACGCCAAAGCCAACAACAGCCACAUCCCCGAUGACUACAAUCCAUCUGAGCCGACAUCGUACCUGCAGUACGUCGAUGCAAACAACCUCUACGGUUGGGCGAUGCAGCAGCACCUACCUACCAGCAACUUCAGCUUCGUGGAUGACAUCAGCGAUGAUCUCGUGGAGGCUAUAACCACCACGCAUCCACACGAUUCUUCCCUGGGUUACAUCGUGGAAUGCGAUCUGUCAAUUCCUGCCAGCCUCCACGAUGCUCUGAACGACUACCCCCCUUGUCCAGAGAAUAUCACCGUAACGGAUGACAUGUUGUCGCCACAUCAGCAGCAACUUGCGCAAGAGCUCGGCUUGACCAAACAGAAAGAGAAGAAACUGAUGCUCACUCUGCUACCGAAAACCCACUACGUAUGUCAUUACGUCAAUCUGCAGACCUACGUUGCUCUAGGCGUGGAAGUGACCAACGUCCAUCGCAUCCUCCGCUUCUCACAACGCCCAUGGAUGCGUCCAUACAUCCAGCUGAACACUGAUCUCCGCAAGGACGCAACGUCAGAGUUUGAAAAGGAUUUCUACAAACUCAUGAACAACGCUGUCUUCGGGAAGACUAUGGAGAAUGUUCGUCGUCGUUUGAAUGUGAAACUCAUCCGCUCUGAGGAAGAGGUGAGCAGACUGCGUCGAUCCAUCUGCAAACCGACGUACAAACGCAGUAUCGUAUACGACAACGAUCUGGUUGCGGUGGAGUUCUUCAAGUGUAAAGUGGUGCUCAACAAACCCACAUACGUGGGUUUCUCUAUCCUGGAGCUGUCGAAGGUUUUGAUGUAUAGCUUCUACUACGAUACUCUCAAGCCCCGCUAUGGUCAGAACGUACGAUUGUGUUAUACGGACACCGAUUCAUUCAUCUUACGGUACGUCACGGAUGACCUGUAUGCAGACAUGGCCGACAUGGCAGACCAGUACGAUACAUCCAACUAUCCUGAAGAUCAUCCUCUGCACUCCACCACAAACAAGAAAGUCGUUGGUAAGUUCAAGGACGAGCUUGGUGGACGGAUCAUGAGUGAGUUUGUGGGCCUUCGCUCCAAGAUGUAUGCCUACACCGGUGAAGAGUCUGCGAAGCGCGCCAAGGGCGUCAAGAAGUCGGUUGUGCAAGACACCCUCCAGUUCCAGACGUAUAAGGAUUGUCUCCUACGUGAUCAGCGCAGCAUCCAGAGAGAGAUGAACGUCCUACGCAGUCGAGAUCAUCACAUCUACAACGAAUCUAUCCGCAAAGUUGCGCUCUCACCGUUCGACAGCAAGAGGUACAUCCUUGGAGAUGGUGUGAGCACGCUCGCGUACGGACACUAUAAGAUCCCCUCAUAA